GAGGAGGAGGAGGAGGAGGAGGAGGAGAAAGAAGAGAAAGGCGAAGAGGAGGCGGAAACAGAGAAGCGAACCAAAAUGGAAGGCAGCAGAGGACACAGUCAAACUCGACGAAGACGACGACAACGACGAGGACUCACCUCGAAGCUGGUGCGACUGAGUUGGAAGACCCGAUUCUGUUCCGGUCGUGACGCCCUGAUGAUGCGUCACUGUCGACCGUAUCAGCGUAGACAUAACAUUAGUCAUCGUCAUCACGCUAACCAGCGACAGGCAGCGAACAUGCGUGAACGCAGACGGAUGCAGUCGAUCAACCAUGCCUUCGAAGGAGGCCUUAUGAUUGAUCAAUUGACAGGUCUACGUGCCCACAUCCCGACUCUGCCCUACGAGAAGAAGCUCUCCAAAGUAGAUACCCUGCGCCUGGCGAUCGGCUACAUAAACUUCCUCCAGGACCUCAUCUCCAACGAGAAUUUUGACUUCAGCGGCAAAGAGGACAUGGCAGCGCCAGACUCCAACUCCGCUUCCGCCUCUUGCCUCCAGGAUUUCGACUAUGAGGGAAUACAAAAGACCGGCUCUACCGGCGAGACCACUGCC